AAUACAAAAAAAGCUGAAAUUGAAACAAUAUUUUUUAAUCGAGUUGCGAAAGCUGGUAGUGAAUCUAUGCUAGAAUUAUUAAAAUAUUUAUCGAAAGAACAUAAUUUUAAAAUGAGAAGAACAACUCGAAAUAAUUUCAAUGAUUUAGGACUAACAAAACCAAUUUAUUUUAAUUUAGUACGUGAUCCGGUUGAACGUGUUAUAAGUUGGUAUUUUUAUGUUCGUUCACCUUGGAGAGCAGUUGGUUUUUUUACCCAAUUUCCAGAUUCAGAAAUUGCACCAGAAGAAUGGUGGAAAAAAGAUUAUAAUAAUUGUGUUGUAGAAAAUGAUCCUGAAUGUACUUAUGAAGUUGACGCUAUAAAAGAUACUGCCGGGGAUUAUCGCCGUCAAACUUUAUUCUUUUGUGGUCAUAAUCCUGAAUUACGUGAUCCAAUUGAACGUGUUAUAAGUUGGUUCUAUUAUGUAAGAUCAGGAUACAGGAAUGGUAUUGCAUUUCGAUUGCUACCUAAUUUAGAAUUACCAAGUGAAGAAUGGUUUAAAAAAGAUUUUAAUAAAUGUGUAAUUAAUCAUGAUUUGGAAUGUCAAUGGGAACCAUUUAUUGUACAAGAUUUUCGUGGAGAUUAUGUUAGACAAUCAUUAUUUUUUUGUGGCCAUAAUAUUGAUUGCUUGCAUAUGAAUUAUAUUGAUUUUCGACGUUUUAAUUAUUCUCAACCAAUUUAUUUUAAUUUGGUGCGUGAUCCAGUUGAACGUAUUAUAAGCUGGUUUUAUUAUUUAAGAUCUGGAUAUAGAAAUUCUGUUGCAUUCCGAUUAUUUCCUAAUUUAGAGAUACCAAAAGAUGAAUGGUUUAAAAAAGAUUUUAAUAAAUGUGUUCUUAAUCAUGAUAAUGAAUGUUUAUGGGAACCGUUUGUUGUUACAGAUUUUCUUGUAGAUUAUAAACGUCAAACAUUAUUCUUUUGUGGUCAAAAUAUUGAUUUUGUUAAUAAUACAAAAAAAGCUGAAAUUGAAACAAUAUUUUUUAAUCGGGUUGCAAAAGCUGGUAGUGAAUCUAUGCUAGAAUUAUUAAAAUAUUUAUCAAAAGAAAAUAAAUUUAAAAUGAAAAGUAAUCCACCAAGAAAAACAAUUUCAAGACAAAUGGGUAGAGAGGAACAACUUGAAAUUGCAAAUUAUAUAAUUGAUAUAGGUUUUGGAAUUUAUUAUGAUCAUAUUGCUUGGAUUAAUUUUAAAGAAUUAGAUUUACCAAAGCCAAUCUAUUUUAAUUUAGUACGUGAUCCGGUUGAACGUGUUAUAAGUUGGUAUUUUUAUGCUCGUUCACCAUGGAAAGCAGUUGGUUUUUUUACCCAAUUUCCAGAUUCAGAAAUACCACCAGAAGAAUGGUGGAAAAAAGAUUUUAAUAAAUGUGUUGUAGAACAUGAUCCUGAAUGUGUUUAUGAAGUUGAUGCUGUUAAAGAUACUGUCGGAGAUCAUCGUCGUCAAACUUUAUUCUUUUGUGGUCAUAAUCCUGAUUGUCUACCAUUUAAUUCACCACGAGCUGUACAAAUAGCUAAACAGAAUGUUGAAAAAGAAUUUGCUGUUGUUGGAUCAUGGGAAGACACAAAUAUUACACUUACUGUACUCGAACAUUAUAUUCCAAGAUAUUUUAGAGGAGCAACAGAAAUAUUUUAUAUGCACUAUGACCAAAUAACAAAUCGUAAUAAGAAUAAAAUGAAACCUGAAAUUUAUCCAGAAGUUAAAGAAUUAAUAAGAAAAAAUUUCACUCAAGAAAUUGAAUUUUAUGAAUGGUGUAAACAACGACUCUAUAAACAAUAUUUAGCCUUAGUUGUGGAUAAAAAAAUUGAUUUUAUAUAA